AGGAGGGACGGGAUAGGGAAGGGAGUAAUGGCUUACUUUAGCCGUUAAUGACAGAGCAAGUUUGAUGAGACUCGGGAUCGACAGCUCAGCGACUGGAGAGACUGUUACAGGAGGGAAAUUGAGGCUUAUAAAUACACUUCAGUUGUAUACAGGACUAUUUAGGGCGCUGAAAGAGGCAGAGAUAGAGGGGAGAUAAGGGGGUGAGUGGUGGAUCCUGAUUGGAGUUGACAGGCUCCACUCUUCCAGCCCCCUUUCCUCCCAAACCAGGAAAUUGAGUUUGUACUUCGAGACGAAGAACCCGUUCAGUCCUUUGGAAGAAGGAUAGAUGAGGAAGUGCUCUUUAUCGGCACCGUUUUGUUCACUUUUCUCGCUUUGGGACUCGGAGCAGCACAGGGCAGCUGAACAAUGAGUGAGCUGAGUGUAUGUAAUGCAAGGGCCACAGUCAUGGUGUAUGAUGAAGCUGGGAAGCGCUGGGUGCCAGCAGGCACUGGCCCUCAGGCCUUCAGUCGUGUGCAGAUCUACCACAACCCCACAACCAACAGCUUCAGAGUAGUGGGGAGGAAGAUGCAGCCUGACCAGCAGGUCGUGAUGAACUGUCCAAUAGUGAAAGGGCUGAAAUACAAUCAGGCCACGGCCAAUUUCCAUCAAUGGCGAGAUGCGCGGCAAGUUUGGGGUCUAAACUUCGGCAGUAAGGAGGAUGCCGCACUCUUCGCCAAUGGCAUGAUGCAUGCACUGGAAGUGCUCAGUGCUGAUGGAGGCCCCCGCCUGGUGUCAAAUGGACCAACCCAAGAGGAGCUGGAGCAGCAGAGAAGAUUGGAACAACAGAGACUGGAGCAGCAGGAGAGGGAGAGACAGGAAAGAGAGAAACAAGAAAGAGAGAGACAGGAGAGAGAGCGACAGGCUGCUUUAGUGACUGUUCCUCCUGCUCCUCCUCUUGCCCCCGGAGGCCCACCAGCUCCCCCAGCUCCACCUCCUCCACCUGGUCCCCCUCCCUCUACUGGAGGUGGACCCCCACCACCACCAGGACCCCCACCUUCUAGUGGAGGUGCUCCUCCACCUCCAGCACCUCCUCUUCCCUCUGCCUCAAGUGGGGGAGGUGGAGGAGGUUUAGGGGGAGGACUUGCAGCUGCUCUUGCGGGAGCAAAACUACGCAAAGUUGCCAAGCCGGAUGAAGGUGGUGGUGCUGCUGUGCCUGGUAAACCUGACUUGAGCCGCUCCAGUGGCUCUGGGCCUGGUGGAGGAGGUGGAGACCUGAUGGGAGAGAUGAGUGCCAUACUUGCACGACGGAGGAAAGCAGCAGAUAAAUCCGAGAAAGUUCCUCUAACCCCAAAGACAGAAGAGCCCAGUAACGAUGAUUCUGAGUCACAAGGCCAAAGCGACACGUUAAGGAGGCCGUGGGAAAAGUGUGCCACCAUCCCCAGGAUUAACUCUGUUACCCGAGGGCUGGAUUCACCUGCAGUCACUCCUGUGACACCCAGAAUGAAAGCAGCUGGCUCAUCGAAUGACGCUGAGAGUGGAGAGGAGUCUGAACUGGAGAAAGUCAAACAGGAGCUGCUGGAAGAAGUGAGGAAAGAGCUGCAGAAAGUCAAGGAUGAAAUCAUUGGAGCAAUCAUUCAGGAGUUACAGAGGAAAAGCACAUAGUCUUUUUUACACACACACACACACACACACACACACACACACACACACACACACACACACACACACACCAUAUAUAUAAAUGCGCGCAGGGAUUUAAUCCAUUCGGCUUGAUUUUCAUUUUAAAUCAUUCAGUCUUUAUUUUCCCCCAUCACCACCAUCACUCAAAUUUUAUACCUCUUUUGGGUGUUAAUAAAAUGUGUAACACCAAUUACUGUAAAAGGUCAGCAGGUAUAUGCGUGCACACAUACACUCCUAUUCUAUCUCUCUCUUACACUGAGCAACUCCACCAGAGUUGCACUUGUCUACAGACAGGAAGUGAAUGCAUGGUGUUCAUCACUUUCACCAGUCUGUAUUGUCUACAUUACAUAUUGAGAGUACAGCCAAAUGCAAGACUGUGCUGCUCCUAAAGAGCACAGCUAAAUAUUAUGUAAAUAAUAGUAGGCAUCUGUGCCAUAGUUCACUUUGAACUGUAUUAUGGAACUAGCAAGUAAUCAGGCAAGGUAGCUUCAGUGGAGGCAUUUCCUCAGUUCAGGGCUCUCUCAAAUCACGUACUAUGCACUAUAUUAUCACACGAAAUACUACCUGGACUUUUCUCAAACAGGAACAUGAACACUAGUGCUUUUCAUAACCCAUAAAUGACACUUCUUCAUCAGAACAACUGCACGUUUAAAAUCCACUUUACCUCUUUUCUUCUCAUUUGCAUUUCUGGUGUAAUAGCAUUCUUGUUGGCCAUUAUGGAAAUUUCAAACCAUAAUGGCUUCUUUUGGCUCUGCCCCUUGUGCUGCUUAGAGUAGCCUGCAACCACCAAGUAUAAAAAGUAUCCAGUGUGUAACACUUCAUUUCUGCCCAGUCCUAGUACACCAUCCAGGUAUUAAAAGUACACUGUAUCGCACUCAUUUCCCCAGUGUGCACUAUGGAAGUAUGCAGUCUGAGAGCUGAGAACAUUAGCUGCCAGUUGGGAUAGAGAUACUGUAUAUUAGCCAAUGUAGCCAGCCUUGUAGGCCAGGCGUUUUACAUCAGUGUUUGAAGCAGAUACUCAACUGAACGGAUUCCUGUAAGGAACCCGAGGUAUGAGAUGGAUUCUCUGAUGAGCCUGACAGGUUCCUGGAGUUUCUAGAUGGAGUUAUUUGUAUAAAGUUGAAAACAUUUUUGUCUCUGUACAACCAUGUAGUCUUUUAGGAUGGCGAUGUGAUUUAGUGAAAAAUUUUUCUUUCAGCAACACUUCUGUCCAAAGCAGCUCUGAGUAAUGGGGUGUACGUGAUGAGACAAAAGAAGAUGAUUGGUGUAGAGAGAACAAAGGCAGCACUGUAAAUACAGCAGCUGGAUACAUAGGGUGGUAGAUAUGUUUGUCAGACUGCAGUCAAGCUAGACAGUCAUCGACCCUGCUAAUGCACACCAACAAUACUAGAGCGGUGGAGAUGUAUACAUGCGCGUGUGCACUCGCACUCUCAAUCUCUCAGGGGGAUUUCAUUAUUUCAUUACACAAAACAAACACACUAAGGCGCUUUGUGCUUUUUGAACACCACCAUAGUCACUAUACAAGGCUUCACUCAAAUGUCAUUGCAACAUAUUUCAAUUUAAGCACUCCAUUGGAGUUGACUCAGAUUCCAAGUGUUCAAGGAGCCGAUUCCACACAAUCUUUUACAGGCUGCAUGUCCUUGAUAAUACACUCCUGUGAAUUUUGUUUAAUGUCUGAAUUAACUAAUGUUAACAUGACCUAUACUUAACCACAUAUCUGACUCUUCUCAAGUUCUUUGGUUGGCCAGGUUCAAGGCAUUAGCUUUGGCAACGUUUUAUCAUAAAUUGACUUUUAUUUUCCCCCCCUGUAAAGUAAAAUACUGCCACAGUGCUUAUGUAUUUGCCAAGGAAAGAGGCUCCCCCCCCAAUGUUAACAGUUAAAUAGUACACAUUCUUGAACUAUGUUCUGUGUGAAUUUGAGCUGAAUCAUUUUAAUGUAUGGAUUUAACUCAAUCACUUUCGAUUCCCAAUGCCUGGAAUCAGCUAAUCAGCUCUUUUUGGGAUCAGCUUCCAGCUCUGUGAAUGGAUAUAAAUAAUCAGCUAGAUAUAAAUAAUGGUAUUUCUGUUUAAACCAAAUUGCCUUUGAUACAAAUGUGUAUGCAACUAGAUAUGCAGUGUAAGUGUACAUUUUUUAUAUAUAUAUAUAUAUAUAAUACAUCUCUUUGGUGGGCAGGGUUUGUGAUGAUUGGGUUUGUUUUUCUAUUGUGCUUAACUAUAAUUGAAACCUUUUUUUUUUUUUUUUUAAUUUACACUGAAACACACACACCCCACACACACACUGGAGCAUUGCCUUUAUACCCAAAUACAGCUGCUGCUGCUGCAUCAA